GGCAGCGGGUCCGUGGCGGUGCGGCCAUGGCUUCGGCCACUGUGGAGAGGUUCGUGACCAAGCAGCUGGACUUGCUGGAACUGGAGAGGAACGCGGAGGUGGAGGAGCGCAGGUCCUGGCAGGAGAGCAUCUCUCUGAAGGAGCUCCAGAGCCGGGGCGUGUGUCUGCUGAAGCUGCAAGUGUCCAGCCAGCGCACGGGGCUGUACGGACGGCUGCUGGUCACCCUGGAGCCCAGGAGGGGUGGCUCUGCCGGGGUGCUUCCCAGCAACAGCUUCACUUCUGGUGACAUUGUGGGUCUGUAUGGUGCUGCCCACGAAGGUGGUCAGCUGGCCUCUGGGAUCCUGACCCGUAUCACCCAGAAGUCUGUCACGGUGGCCUUUGACGAGUCCCAGGACCUCCAGUUGGACUUGGAUCGAGAGAGUUCCUACAGGCUGCUGAAGCUCGCCAAUGACGUCACGUACAAGCGGCUGAAGGCGGCUCUGGUGGCUCUGAAGAAGUUCCACUCGGGGCCGGCGUCCCCGCUCAUAGAGCUGAUCUUCCACGGAUCCGCCCCCAGCCCUGCCGGUGACAUAGGCCCCCUGGUGCUCUUCAAUGCCGCCCUGGACCCCUCCCAGAAGGAAGCCGUCUUGUUUGCGCUGUCCCAGAAAGAGCUCGCCAUCAUCCACGGACCGCCGGGCACUGGGAAAACCACGACCUUGGUCGAGAUCAUCCUGCAGGCUGUGAAGCAGGGCCUGAAGGUUCUGUGCUGUGCCCCCUCGAACAUCGCGGUGGACAAUCUGGUGGAGCGUCUGGCCCGCUGGAAGCAGCGGAUCCUGCGCCUGGGGCACCCUGCCCGCCUGCUGGAGUCCAUUCAGCAGCACUCUCUGGACGCGGUGUUGGCGCGGAGCGAUAGCACCCAGAUCGUCGCAGACAUCAGGAAGGACAUCGACCGGAUCCUGGUAAAAAACAGAAAGACCCAGGACAAGAGAGAGAGGGGUAAUUUUUGGAAUGAAAUCAAGCUGCUAAGGAAGGAGCUGAAGCAGCGGGAAGAGGCCGCCAUGGUGGAGAGCCUCACGCAGGCCAGUGUGGUCCUGGCCACCAACACAGGAGCUUCUGCCGACGGCCCCCUGAGGCUGCUGCCCGAGGGCUGCUUUGACGUGGUGGUCGUGGACGAGUGUGCCCAGGCCCUCGAGGCCAGCUGCUGGAUCCCCCUGCUGAAGGCCAGGAAGUGCGUCCUGGCCGGAGACCACAGGCAGCUGCCGCCCACGGUAGUCUCUCACAAGGCCGCGCAGGCUGGGCUGUCCCGCAGCCUGAUGGAGCGCCUGGCUGAGGAGCAGGGGGCGAGCGCAGUGCGGAUGCUGACCGUGCAGUACCGCAUGCACCAGGCCAUCAUGCGCUGGGCCUCCGAGGUCAUGUACGGCGGGCAGCUCGAAGCCCACCCCUCCGUGGCCGGCCACCUCCUGAGGGACCUCCCAGGCGUGGCGGCCACGGAGGAGACGGGCAUCCCUCUGCUGCUUGUGGACACUGCCGGCUGUGGGCUGCUGGAGCUGGAGGACGAUGACGAGCAGUCGAGGGGGAACCCAGGUGAAGUCCGCCUCGUCACCCUCCACGUGCAGGCUCUGGUGGAUGCUGGCGUCCAGGCAGGGGACAUUGCUGUCAUCACGCCUUACAACCUCCAGGUGGACCUGCUCAGGCAGAGCCUCGCGCCCAGGCACCCGGAGCUGGAGAUCAGGUCUGUGGAUGGCUUCCAGGGCCGCGAGAAGGAGGCGGUGGUGCUGUCCCUCGUCAGGUCCAAUAGGAAAGGUGAAGUGGGCUUCCUGGCCGAAGACCGGCGGAUCAACGUGGCCGUCACCCGCGCACGGCGCCACGUGGCUGUGGUCUGCGAUUCCCGGACCGUCCACAACCACGCCUUUCUGAAGACCUUGGUGGACCAUUUCACAGAGCACGGGGAGGUGCGCACGGCCUUCGAGUACCUCGACGACAUCGUCCCCGAAAACUAUUCCCACGAGGGUUCCCAGAGCCACAGCCAGGCUGCGAAGGCCCGGGGCCCUGCCUCAGCCAGGCCACCUGGACGCCCACCAGGUGGGCGGCAGAAGGGAGGCCCACAAGCUGCCAGCCGCUGGAGGCGGGGCCCGAAGCCUGGGGGCCCUGAAGCCUGUCCCCAGCCCCACCUCAACGGUGAGGACCCGGGGGCAGCAGGAGGCACAGGGGCCACGGCGCUCUUCAGGGCCACGAUCAUGGAGUUCCUGGGCGGCGAGGAGACGCAGCUGGAGUUCCCCGCCUCCCUGAGCUCUCACGACCGGCUGCGCGUCCACCAGAUAGCCGAGGAGCUCGGCCUGUGGCACGAGAGCUCCGGGGAGGGCAGGGCGCGGCGAGUCACCCUGCGCAAGGCGGGGGCUGGCCGCAGAGCCCCCCAGCCCGCCUCCCAAACAGAGCAGCCCCCCGGGCAGCCGCACAGCCAGGUUCAGCCGGAUCUGAAGGCGCUGUCCCUGGAGAGUCCCCCCCUGGAGAAGAGUGGCCACGAGCAGCCAGCCAGGAAGGCGCCACCAGCCGGGAAGGUGCCACCAGCCAGGAAGGCGCCACCAGCCGGGGAGGGGCCACCAGCCGGGAAGGGGCCACCAGCCGGGGAGGGGCCACCAGCCGGGGAGGGGCCACCAGCCGGGAAGGGGCCACCAGCCGGGGAGGCGCCACCAGCCGGGGAGGGGCCACCAGCUGGGAAGGGGCCACCAGCCGUGGGCGUGGGGCUGCCGAAGGCUCCAGACAAGAGGAAGAAGAAGGGACGUGCGGCCCCAGCGGCUCCUGCCGAGGAGGACCUUGACGCCCUGCUGUCGGCUGCCAUGAAGGCCGAUAGAACCUGUGCCUUUGCCAAGUGCUCGGCCAGCGUCGUGACCCUCGGCCAGCUCUGCCAGCUUUGUGGCCACCGCUACUGCCUCAGCCACCACCUGCCCGAGGUUCACGGCUGUGGCGAGAAGGCUCGUGCCCACGCCCGGCAGAGAAUCAGCCGCGAAGGCGUCCUCUAUGCAGGCAGCGGGACCAAGGACAGGUCCCUGGAUCCAGCCAAGAGGGCUCAGCUGCAGAGCAAGCUGGACAGGAAGCUGGGCGAGCUCAGCAGCCAGAGGACGAGCAGGAGGAAGGAGAGGGGCACGUGACCCGACCUGCCCCAGGAGAGCCUGCGCGGGCCCACGCUGCGUCCCCAGGCUGGCUGUGACCUGGGGCAGGGCUGGGACAGCAGCAUGUCCCUGAUGAGUGGCUUGGACCUCGAGCUGUCAGCUGCAGAGCUGGGGAGGCUGCUGAGGUGGGUCCUGUCAGCCGCUGGCCAGGGCCUUCCUCCUGGCUCUGUUCCUUGUGCCUGCAGCGACCCUCGUCCCUUGGGGCCCCUGUCUGUCAGGAAGGCUCCUGGCCUGCUCCUGCCCUUCCUCUCGCUGGGCUUGGGGACUAGGUGAAAUGGCUUCUCCCAGUUGACGGUCCCGGAGGAGUGUCCCAGACCACCUGUGUGGCCGAUGCCCGCUCCAGGCCUGCUCUGAGCGCGCUCCGUUGUUCUCUGCCAUGUACUCUAUUUGCCAGAAUCUCAUUGAUGUCAUUAAGACCCGGGUUUUUGUUUCCGAGGUGUGUAAGUUAUUUAAAGAUGAAAUAAAACCGUGUGCACCGGC